AUGUCCCAAGCGGGCCGACCUUUUUCCCAGACGUCCCAAGGUGGUCGACCUCUAGCCUGUGAGCCGCAACCCAAAGCCAGAAAGAGUUUCAGUGCCGCUGGCAUGAGAGAAAGUCGUCUUAGUUUUAGAAAGGAUAAUUUUGCCACGGCACCGCCGAUUGACAGUAUCCCGGAAGGUGUGGAAAUAUCACAUGGGGAUCCGAAUAAACCGAGAAUGCCCAUAUUCGGAAGUAGAGCGGGGUUAGGAGACAGAGAGGAAGUGGUACCACCCAGUAGAUCAGGUACCCGGAUGUCAGCAUCUUCUACACAAGCACGACUAGAGAUAGAUGAGUUGGAAACAUUAUUAAAGGAUAAAGUAAGGAAUAAUUACCGCGAGGUGAAGAAACGAUUUAAAGAUAAUGACCCGGAAGGUAAAGGCAAUGUCUCGAGGGAGGCUUUUUCAAGGAUUCUUCAUACUCUUUUGAAUCGUCCAUUAGGACAAUCUCAGAACACCAGAUUGUUAGAGCGACUGGGUCUGAAAGAUAAAGCUAUCAUCAGCUUCACCGAGUUCUUCUCCGUCUUCCGGGACGACGAGGAUAGAAAUUACCCAAAGUGGAUGGAUCCAAUCAAUCGGAACGACCGGGUCAAUAUGACGGCCUCACAGGUCCAUACUCAACUUAAGGAAAGGGCUAGGCAGAGGUUUACCGAACUGGGGGAUAUGAUACCCCAGAUAAAUUCCGGGGGAUCAGGACGAAUUUUAAAACCUGAGUUUAGACAGCAGUUAAAUAAAAUGACGUUUAAUCUGAACGACGAGGAGUUUGAUAAACUGUGGAAUAAAUAUGAUCGUGAUAACGAGGGAGUUAUAAAGGGUGACAAGUUUUUAAAAUAUUUGGGUGUACCAACGAGAUAUAUUACAGAAGAUGGUGGACACGGUAGACUUUCACCUGUUGGAGAAAAUGAUAGCAGUGGAUCGGAAAAAGGUGGACAGAGAACUCCCAAAAAACGCGAAGUGGAACGAAAACAGCAGUUAGAUAUAGAAAGAUGGCUUAAAGAUAAAUUUAGAGAAGGUUUUUUCGACAUGAAGGAGGCGUUUGAAAAGAAAGAUACAGAAAAUAAUGGAGUGGUAUCAUUCGAUGAUUUUCUAAUUGUGUUAGAACAGUAUGGACUCAAGUUAGAUAAAUCUUUAUUAGGAGCGUUUUUAUCACGAUGUAGUGUACGAACUCAGGGACGGGGAAUUCCCUAUCGAGAUUUUUUACAUAGAUUUCAAGAUAGAUCAGAAGAUGGUAUGGUGCAUAAUAUACUUACACAAACUAAACACAGAUAUAAUCGAUCAGACAGUCCUGCUGGUAAUUCAACUUUAAGCGCUAUAGAAGGUCAACUCAUGAACAUGUUCCAGAGAGAUUUCCUUGCUUUACUCGCAACCUUCAAGAAUAUCGAUAAAUUAGGAAUGGAUAGAAUUAGUUUAGAAGCGUUUCGAGCAGCUGUAGAGAGCAGAUUUAAUCUCGAGCUACGUGACGACCAGUUUGAAUCGUUUGUGGAUCAUCUCCCUUUAGAUGAAGAUGGUGACGUCAUUUAUGGUGAAUUUAUGAAACAGUUUGAUACCAAAGGUAAAGCUCAAAGUUUAUUUAACGGUAAGAAGAGACCGGAUAUACCAGUGCCCGUUAGAACCGGAAGUCCAGCGUUACCCGGGGAAGCAGAGUUUGAGGAAGUUGCACCAAGACGACGUAAAACCCAAGAAUUAUUUAAAUUAAUUAAAGAUUUAUUAAACAGACGAUAUCAAGAUGUUGAACGUGAAUUUUAUAAUAUAGAUGAAACGAACACGAGACGUAUUACACAAGAAACGAUGUACUAUCUUCUUAAAAGGUUUGACAUCUCGCCGGAAGUAUCCCGCGGUGAAAUACGAGAUUUGUGGAAGACAUUUAUCACCAAUUCUGACAUGACUCUUGAAUUUCUUCAAUUUGUCCGCCAUUUUGGAUACAGCAUGCGAUCUGCUGCUUACCCUAACGCCAAGAUUCGACCACCGAGACACGGUGAUUCCGAUUGUAUGAUUCGAUCCCGUAAACUCAACUCAACCAGAGAUCUACUGGAAGAUCACGUCAGAGCUAAAAUCGAGUAUUUAUUUGAAGAAUUAAGUAAAGAGUUUCAAUCUAUGGAUGUAUACAAUACAGGUUAUAUAUCUGUAGAAGAAUUUAGAGAUGUUUUAGCUGAACUCUGUGUACAGCUGUCUGAUCCUGAAUUAAACAGAAUAGUCGAUAAAUUCAACGUUAGACACGACGGAAGGGUUUCUUACAUAGACUUUUUAAAACCGUAUGCAUGGAAACAACAAACAUGGCGUCAUGGUAACGAUAUGAUAGGCAUAUUAAAUCAACCAAUAGAUGAUGGCGAUACAAAUGAAGGCCAGCAAGUAUUAUAUGGUAUCACAGAUAAACUAAGACAGAAGAUGUCUGGCGAUUGGAAGACAUUACGUCGUGCCUUCCGGAAGUUAGAUUUGAAAGGAGAUGGUUAUUUGUCUCUUCCUGAGUUCCGGUCGGUUUUAAAACUUGCUAAUGUUAUGUUAGAUGAAGACGAGGUUUAUCACGUGAUGUCUGAAUUCGACAAGGGAAUGUCGGGAAAGAUAUCAUAUGAUCAGUUUAUACAAGAAACAUUGAGACCAAACACAAGACUCAGCGUAAAAACAUCGGCACAGUGAAUAUUGUAUCAGGUCAAUGAUUUUAAGGCCUCCGAACUUCAUUUUAGGGAUUAAUAAUGUGAAGGUCCAAAUAGGCUUCAUUUCGGAUUAUUGUUUACAAAUAUAUGAGAAGUUGGCAAUUUGUCGACAUUCGAUAUUCAUUGUUGACCAUUUACACAAGUCAAAGUCACUGAUGGGCCUCAUUAUACAGUCCGUCCACCGUCCGUCAACUGUUAAGUUCGUUAACUAUAUAUAUAAUAACUAGGACCCGUUACAGCGAGUCAGCAGACAGAUGGGUACACUAAAGUUUAAACGGUCAUUUCUACUAGGGGAUGCUCGAUUCACAGUCCAGAACGGCCAGAAUUGACAUAAUUGCAAUCGGGUAACGCGGAUUUGAGUUCUGUCACAGUUCUGUCAGUCCCGACCACGGAGGUGGUGUGAGUAGAAUCGUGACGUAAUUAAACACAACGAAUGUGUUAGGGCUGCAUGGUUGGCUGAGAUAUUUACUUAUUCAGUCGACGCAUGCGUUAUAGCCCGAAUUACCCCUUUUCACUCGAUUGUCACUAUUUUUGGGAUUGAGGGAAUUCAAUUCCGGAACGUUCAAUCGAGUACCCCCCUAGAGAGAUGUGUAUCUAUUGAACGAUCUGAUGGGUAAGGUCUAAAAGCCAAGACCGAUAGCACAUUUCAUCAUAGGUCACUCACGAGAUGUAAUUAGGGAUACCCAUAACCAUAACCCUAACACACAAGCUCGUCAACAAUCACGUGUCCUAACCCUAUUUACAUCUCCGGAGGGCCUGACAAGGACAGCUGUCUAGUCCUUCGGUUGAGACGAAAAACCGAGGUCCCGUGUAUACAUUGGAAUGCACGUAAAGAUCCCUUGGCAGUUGGAAUUCGAUAUAAGAGUAGGCGAUAGUGGCGCCGCCCGGGCAAAAUUUCCCUCAUAGCACACUGUAUGGUGUAUGCCCGUCUUCAUUAGCCCAGUAUAGGAGCAGAACAGUAGGACGUUAAACCCCAUUUCAUUUGAUUUCAUUACAUCUCGUGACUUAUGGCGAAAUCUGCUAUCGGUCUUGACAUUUAGCCCGCUGAAGAUGAACUGUUAAUCUUGCACAUAAUCAUAAGGCACCAAGCUUGGUCAUUUAUCUUGGUUUUUAAUACGGGCUAGGUCGCGAUGACGUCAUGGACUGUUUAUUUACUUAGUACGCUGAGAACUAAUUGUUUAAAGGAGCUAAAUCGCUAAUAUUUGGGACCUAGAAAUGGACACAAAUGGGUCGCAACGCAUAUAAUAAUGUAAUAUGAAUGUAUAUAAACUGAUUUACAUUCAACCGUUUCUGUUUUUACUGUAAUUUCUAAUCAGUUAUGUUCGGCGAAAUACGCCAGAAUUCUAAAUUAAUAGCAAUACUUAGCGUCUGGUUAUUCCAGACUACACCGAUGAUAUUUAUUGUACAUGCUCUCCAGAUAAGAAUAUGGUGUUACCAUAUGACAUGACUUGUGGAAUAUGUCUAGCCGCGUUCUUUGAGUCCCUUGUUCCAAAUGGUGCUGAAAUGCAUUAUGGUACACGAUUCGUUAGAGACUUAGCUACUUUAAAUUGGUUAUCAAUCUGAUUAAAACACAGGUCCUAUUUCGUUUUUUGUUUUACUUGUCUUUACUACACUAGGAUCUGUAAGCGUUGUUAUACAACAUGCGUUCUGGAUGAUGUGAGGGAUUAGCCAAUGAAACGGUCUGUUACAGCGAGUUUUUGGCGUGAGGUGCACGGAACUGUGAGUAACCCACAAGAAACAUCAACGCCGAUCAAAUUUUAAUGUCUUACGUCAUAGGGUCCAAAGCUGCUCGUAUGACCUACCAACACAACUGGUCAGAUCUUCAUGUAGUGUAGGCCAUCGAAAUUAUAAAAAACGAAACGAAAUAUAGAUCUGUAUUUUAAGCAGAUUGAUUUGUUAUAUAAUCUAAUUGUAAAUUAAAAUUGUUUGUUGUAAUUAUGGAAUAAUUUGUUCUUUGUUAUGAUAUCAGGGCCCUUAUUCACGAAAACUUAAACUAAGUUACAACCGAAAUUUUAAGAAAUACUGCAACUUCAUUGGAUAUAUGCAAAUUGAUUUUACUGGUCAGCCAAUCGAAUUGCAGUAUUUCUUAAAAUUUCGAUUUUAUCUUAGUUUAAGUUUUCGUGAAUAAGGGCCCAGAUCUUUCUGCUAUAAUAUUAAUGAUGCAGUAUACUGAAAAGUUUUCCCACAAUUGUUUUAAUUAUUUGUAUGUAAUUUAUUUUGUAUUUUAUUUAU